AACGAAACGAAAAUUGUGAAACGAACAUGUCCAGGUCGGUGAAACUGUUGCCGGACGGGAGAACGCUGAUAGUCGGGGGCGAGGCUAGCCGACUUAGUAUCUGGGAUCUGGCCAGCCCAACGCCGAGGAUCAAGGCCGAAUUAAUCUCGGCCGCCCCCGCCUGCUACGCCCUGGCCAUCUCCCCGGACUCGAAGGUUUGCUUCAGCUGCUGCAGCGACGGCAGCAUCGCCGUCUGGGAUCUUCAGAAUCAGUCGCUGGUGAGACAGUUCCAAGGCCACACGGACGGCGCCUCGUGCAUCGACAUCUCGGCGGACGGGUCGAAAUUGUGGACCGGCGGGUUGGACAACACGGUCCGCUCGUGGGAUCUGAGGGAGGGAAGGCAGCUGAAACAGCACGACUUCACCUCGCAGAUAUUCUCGCUCGGCUACUGUCCCACGGGGGAAUGGCUGGCCGUGGGCAUGGAGAACUCGAACGUCGAGGUGUUGCACGCCUCGAAUCCGGACAAGUACCAGCUACACCUGCACGAGUCUUGCGUGUUAUCGUUGAGAUUCGCCUCCUGCGGCAAGUGGUUCGUCUCGACCGGCAAGGAUAAUUUGCUGAACGCGUGGCGCACGCCUUACGGGGCCUCCAUAUUCCAGUCCAAGGAAUCGUCAUCCGUGCUCAGCUGCGAUAUAUCAGCGGACGACAGGUACAUCGUUACCGGUUCAGGUGACAAGAAAGCGACCGUCUACGAGGUCAUGUAUUGAACGAACGACGAAAUCCCAACGUCGAUCAAACGUAUUCAUCAGAGCCGAGCAACUAUCCACAGCGUGGGUGUACAUAAUUCUUAUACGAUAUUAACACGAGAGACGUUUGUUGCCCUUGUUCUUGUUAUUGUUGUUAUUGUUACUCUCGGCGAGAAGAAAGGGUCCGUGCAAAGAAAGAGAGAAAACGAGCCGAACGAACCGGAGUAAAAAAAAAAAGAAAAGAAAAACAAGAAUUCUUUCACCGAUCGAAUCGCGCAGCCAACGCUCGAGAGAUUUUUUGUAAAACAUCGACAACGUCGAACGAUUUUUAAGAUUUUUCGGAUAGAAAAGAGAUUUGAAAUAUAUAAUUAUUCGUGACAUAGGCGGCGAAUAGAUCGAUAAUUUCGUUUCGUGUCCGGAUCGUUCUUCUUAUUUCGAUCGAUAAUCGCUACGUUAAAAAAAAAAAAAAAAA